AUGCCAUGUUUUUUCGACGAAAGCCAGGCAAUCCCUCAUACCAAAUUGACGCAAGCAAUUGCUGUACGAUGUCAAUUCAGAACGUUGGAACCUGAAAAAACAAUCCAUCAUCCGACAGCCGAUAAGUAUGAUAUUGCAAUGCAAUGUUUUCAGAAACCAUUGAGAAUUCAUCAAGUAUUGCGUGAAUAA